AUGCCAAAGAAAUAUCCUAUAUGGGAUUAUUUCGUCAAAUCUGACUUAAAUCUAUCCAAGGCCCAAUGCAAUAUAUGUAACAAAUUAUUAUCUCUGGGAAGUGACAAACCCAAAAACCAAACAGUGCAUGGCCUAAAGCAGCAUUUAUCGAAAUUUCAUUCUGAGCAAUAUAAACACUAUUUACAAAGAUAUAAAGAAGAACAAGAACAAUCAGAACCUAGAAUAAAGCGUGAAAAAGUCCAAUCAACCUUAACAAAUAAUGUUCAAAUUACGAUCCCUAAUCUCAUUAAGCAUGGUGCUGGUACAUCAUUCUGGCCAGAUGAUCACGAAAUUUCACGACGCAUAGAUAAAGCAAUAAUGGAUUUUUUGAUUGUCGAUAUGUUGACGUAUUCUAUUGUAGAAAGUAAUGCUUUUAAACAAAUAAAUUUUGCAGACCCAGCCAAAGCAAGCAAAUACAGAAUAAAAUCUGAAAAAUAUUUCCGCACAACUUUAAUGCCGGCAACAUAUGACAAAGUAAAAGCAAAAAUUAAUGACAUGAUUUGCCAAGUUCAGUGGAUCAGUUUUACUACGGAUAUUUGGUCCAAUCCGACAAAAUUUUGUUCCUUAUUAAGUUUUACAGCACAUUUUAUUCUUGGACCUCAAAGAUUAAAAGUAGUUUUAGGUGCUAACGUUUUAGAAGAAGAUCAUACUGGAAUCUACAUUUCGCAAAAACUCAUUAAGCUAAUUGAUAGCUAUAAUAUUAGGAAAAAAAUCCACAUGGCAAUAAGAGACAAUGCCGCUAAUAUGAAUUGUGCCACACGAAUUGCAGAAUUUUCUACAUUGGGAUGUGUAGCUCACACCCUGCAAUUAGUAAUACAGAACGCUGUUUUCUUGCAAGAAAAUGUAGAAAUACUCAAAAGAAAAUGCAGAAAGAUUGUAGGACAUUUUAAGCGCAGUGAACAAGCAACCAGAUAUUUAUCUAAAUGUCAAGAGACAUGUGCUGUUCCACAUCAUUCGUUAAUACAAGACAUAGAAACCAGAUGGAACAGCACAUUUCUCAUGUUGGAACGUCUUAAUGAACAAAAAAAUGCCAUCAACCUCUAUAGCAUCGAACGCGGAGGAAUAGAAACUCUUAAUAACGCGGAAUGGGAAUUAGCCACAAAUAUUAUAAAAGUGUUGAAAAGUUUUUAUGAAGCUACUUUAGACAUAUCUCGUGAUGAUGCUUGUGUUUCUUUAAUUAUUCAACUCAUUACCAUGUUAACUGGUAAACUUCAACCGACAGACGAUGAUGACGAUGAUACCAUUUUGAAAAUGAAACAAAAGCUAUUAGAAUCUUUGAAUAAACGGUUUGCUUAUGUUAAAAAUUCAACACUGUUGAUAACUGCGACUCUUUUAGAUCCUAGGUUUAAAACAAAAUAUCUAACACCUGAUGAAAUUGAAAUUGGAAAGAAAGAAGUAACAGAUUUUUUGCUUAAAGAAGAGAACACAUCAACAUCACAAGUUAUGGAUAAGACUACUUAUGCUCAUGUAGAAAAUUCUUCAGCAACUUCAAAAAAUGUGUCCGAACAGAGUUUGUGGGAAGCUCAUGAUAACUCCCCAAAAGAAAAUGCAUCAGAGGGAGAAAUAUCUUUACAGGAAACUUUCCAAUCAUUUCUAAAAGAGCCUAGGCUUCAGAGAAAUGCUAAUAUUUAUGCUUAUUGGCAUUCUAGUCCGUAUCAGCAAUUACAGAAAGCUUCGAAUAAAUUUUUAUCAGCACCGCUGUUUGGAAAGCGUGACUUAUCCUUGGAAUUGAGUCUUGGCGAAAUUGUUGUAUGCAUUGUCAAUCAACCCCUUGAGGGUGAACUGUUGCUUGAUACGUCUCUCCAUAUGAUCAACUCUCAUCUUGUCGUCUACGUUGCUCACGUUGAUCCGGCUCGAUGGUCCAAAAAAUGUUAG